UAGCUAAGGCAGCUAGUCCGGUACAAUGCAGGUGGGGGCGACACUGUGUGCUAACUAACUAGCAACUUGUUAACUAACACACGGUGUCGCCCCAGCCUCCCGUCUGCUGUGCUAGCGGGAAGCAGGAGCGACAUUCGCACCCGCCUGUUACAGUUUUCUCCGGUACGCAGCCGGCCGGAGGCGUGUGCGACACCGUGUGCUAGCUAACUAGUAAGCUAGUAUGCUGUCUCCCCAGCCUCCCACCUGCUCUGGUAGCGGUAAGCGGUAGCGACACCGGUAGACCGUGUCCUUCGCCCCUGCCUGUCGCGCACUGUUUUCCGUAUUUCAGGUAACGACGUUGAGAGCAGGUUUAUUUCCCUUUUGACCCACAUUUAAAAGUGUCACAAACAUGUAGAUUUGGGGAAUGCCGACAUGCAGGAACGCCCCAAAUUGCAGGCUGCAGUUGCACAAUAUUGCCCUCUAGCACAUUGUUUCCCAACCAGGGGUACUAUCACCCCUGAAUACAUGGCCUAUCAACGGGGUACCUGAGAAGACUCAUGAGACCAUAGGCCUACUGGUAAAAUGCACACGACGACGGUACUCCAGGCAUAGCAAAACUCAGUUGGUCUUACACUAACCGAAAAGGGUUGGGAACCACUGCUCUAGCAGCACAGACGUGAAACGAACUACCCCAUCUCCCAGUCGGUGAAGUAGGCAACAAGAGACGCUGCUGAAAGUGUUUUGGUAGAUGCUGGACGAGGCAAUUUUAAAACCGCACCGCAACAGCGGCCGUGUCAACAGAUAUCCAAAAACAAACAAUAUCCGACUCUCGGAGAAUGAGUACACAACUGAUGGGGAUCUGAAAGAUUGUGGAGGCAAUUUAUCCUGCUCGUCAAAUUGUCUUUUCCAGACGGAUGUCUUGGACUGAAGGAGAGUGUAUCUGAAAUCUGCAAGGCUGUUGGGAUCUCCUUACGGAUGGGUGUGGGCAAAGACUCUCCCCUUACGCCGCUGAGCCGUCCUACUUGGAGUCCCCUCCACGUCCAUCUCCAUCCCAUUUAGCCACAGUAGCCAUAUCCUGAUCGCUGGCUCCAAGAUGGAUCCUUUGGGAACAAUGCACUUCACCACUAUCGACUAUGUCAUAUUUGCCCUUUUGCUGGUGGCAUCCAUGGGCAUAGGGCUGUAUUACGCCCUGUCAGGGGGUCGACAGCGCACCACUCAGGAGUUCCUGCUAGCGGACCGGAGCAUGAGCUGCCUUCCUGUAUCCCUGUCACUUAUCGCUACAUUUCAGUCAGCGGUGGCUAUAGUGGGCGUGCCGGCAGAGAUCUAUACCCAUGGCACUCAGUACUGGUUCAUAGGCUGUGCUUACAUCUUGGGCCUAUUAAUUCCAGCACACGUUUUCAUUCCUGUGUUCUACAGGCUGCAUCUUACCAGCGCUUACCAGUAUCUGGAACUGCGCUUUAGCAAACCAGUGCGUAUCUGUGGAACACUUACCUUCAUCUUUCAGACAGUCAUCUAUAUGGGUGUUUGUGUGUACACUCCGGCCCUAGCACUCAAUGCAGUUACUGGCUUUGAUCUAUGGGGAGCAGUACUGGCCACUGGACUGGUGUGUACACUGUAUACUACUCUGGGAGGCCUGAAGGCAGUGAUCUGGACAGAUGUCUUCCAGACCAUAGUGAUGUUUGCUGGCCAACUGGCGGUCAUCGUGGUGGGGGUCCAGCAGACUGGAGGGUUAGCAGAGGUCUGGAGGAAGGUCUGGGAGGGGAACCGUAUCUCUGGCAUAGACCUGAAUCCUGACCCUACGGAGAGGUACACGUUCUGGACCCUGGGGGUGGGAGGGGUCUUCCUGAUGCUGUCUCUGUACGGGGUGAACCAGGCCCAGGUCCAGAGAUACCUCAGCUCCAAGACCGAGAGGGAAGCCAUCAUGUCUUGCUACAUGGUGUUUCCCUCUCUACAGGUAGCUCUAGCUCUGAGCUGUGUCAUGGGGCUGGUCAUGUUCGCACGUUACUGUGGGGAGGACCAAUUUCACAAAAUAGGCAACUUAUCAAAAAAUGAGAUGGUGUUAUACUUUGUUAUGGACAUGCUGCAGGAUAUACCUGGUCUGUCUGGACUGUUUAUAGCUUGCUUAUUUAGUGCAGCUCUCAGCACCAUCUCGUCAGCCUUUAACUCUCUGGCCACAGUGACCUUGGAGGACCUGAUCAAACCACACUGCUCAUCCAUGACAGAGGCAAGGGCCACCCUGCUCUCCAAGGGACUGGCAUGUUCAUAUGGACUGAUUUGCCUGGCUAUGGCCUAUUUAACCCACUUGAUGAGUGAUUCCGUUUUGCAAGCUGUUUUCAAAAUCUUUGGAAUGGUUGGUGGUCCUCUUCUUGGCAUCUUCUGUCUCGGGAUGUUCUUUCCUUGGGCUAACUCUACUGGUGCCCUGGCAGGUUUGGGGUCAGGCCUGGCGAUGGCCUUCUGGGUGGGCAUCGGGAGCAUCGUAACCCGUACCUCUGGUGGUUCUGCUGCUGUGUCUCAUUUCAACUGCACUGCUGUACAACUCUCAGGAAACAUCACCACAGCCAUAGGGACUGCACUCAAUAGUACUGCUGUGCCUACUAGUACAUCCAGCCAACCAAUGGGUCUGCAGAGAUUCUACUCCUUAUCCUUCAUGUGGUACAGUGCUCUCAGCUCUUUCACUGUGGUGAUCACAGGGUUGAUCGUUAGCUUUCUCACAGGACCAAUGAAAGAGGAGGAUGUGACCCCAGGCACUCUGUAUCCUCUGUUGGGCAACAUGCUGUUCUUCGUACCAGAAAACCUCAAACAGAAUCUGUGCUGCGCCACCCCACUGGGGCACAGGCCAUUCAUCCAGGAAUGUCCACCUGCACAACACAAGGAAAGUAAUGUUCAGGCCGUCUACACAGAAGAAGAAGAGGAGAGGCAGAACUUUCUACCCACUUCCACCACACCUGUUAUGGAACACGAGACAACUGUGUGAUGCACAGAGACACUUCCAUAACCUCAUGUUAUGUCGCGGCCCACGGAGCAGUGAAAUGGUCCACACCAUUUCAUGUCACUGUUUUUCACAGAGGACCUGUUCUUUUGAGGAGAUGAUGCUCCGAGGGGAGAAGUGUUGUCGGGAGUGACUCUUAUUUUAAAGCUUUGCUCCAGCUUCAGGUUUUUAAUUCAAGUGACUGGAUAAAAAAUGCACUGGUACUGUAAAUGUAUAUUGUACAUGACGCAUGGCAAGACCAAAUAAACGUAGAGUAUUACGUAUUCUGGAAAUCAAAAAGAUAAACCCGAGGCCAUAUUAUCUAGUUCUGAGGAAUUCAGAUAUGAAUGGACCGGAUGUAUAAAUGCAAAAAAUCCGGUUUAUGUUUCCACUCAUUACCAAAUAUGGUGAUAAGAGGAAACCCAGUGGCCGGCAGUGGGAGAAGAAGGAUUUUGGCCGACAUUCUGCCAAUUUUCAACAACCAAACAUUUUAUCUCCAUACAGUUUUCUGUUUCUAAAACUACAAUCUGUACCCAACUGAGAGGACUGCAUUUUGUAGACUUUACCCUUUGCCAAAGUUUGAAAAAAGUUGUUUAGGAGUGCAAGGGUGAAUUGAGUUAUUAUUGCACACCCACACUUUAGAAUAGGCAUUCCCUAACAGAAAUAUGCAAAUUAAUGCUAGAACGUGCCAAUAGGAUCUCACUAGCUUGUGCUUGGCUCUUCCCACCU